AUGGCGCACGACGAGGAAGACGAAACGGCCGCUACCGCUGCCAGCUGCAGGUUGUGCUGCAGGCCCUCGGUGGCCGACGAUCAACGACAUCCGAUCGUCACGGCCGCCAACGCCGAGGACGGCUGCGGCGGGACACGCCCCGGCGGUGGCUUGCGCGACACCAUUGUCAAGCACCUGCGGAUACAGGUUUCAGAGGAUGAUGGCUUGUCCAAAAUAGUAUGUUCUGAGUGCUUGACUCUGUUAAAUGAGUGGGAACAAUUUUAUGAGAUGUGCUCAAAAAAUAACAACAUGCACCUGAAACAACUAUCGGACGGAGAUGAUAAAAAUGAUGAUGGUGAUGAAAUGGCGAACAAUUUAGUAAUUGACAUUACUGAUGAAGAUGAUGGACAAAGUUAUACAAGCAAAGAUAAAAGCAAAUCGGGAGCACCUAAAAGAUCAUUCCUCGGAGAACCAUCACCUGAAGAUUAUGUACUGAUGAAAGAAGAGACUUUCAAUUUAGAACCAGUUAAGAAUGGACCAACAGGGGUUUUGGGUGACUAUUUAAUAGAGUACAACAAUUCCAAAAAGUUACCAAUAGAUUCGAGUAAUGCUGAUAAAGACAUUGUUGACAAUUUACGCAUUCGAAGAGAAGUUUUACCAUCCAUGUGGGAUGUAUUUGAAAAGACUAUUGAAAAGCUAAAAUCUGGAGAGUCGUGUACAACAUUAGUAACUCAUAGGCGUUAUAUUAUCAACAAAGGCGCAUUUCCUUGUUCACUGUGUGGUGAAUGUUACGAGUUUGAUCAGGGUGUUUGUCGUGAUGAAGAAGAACCUCAGCCACCGGUUGAAGUCGACAUCCAACAACGCUUAUUCAUUUGUCCUACCUGUGGGAAAUCUUUCCCUCGUCGUAGCUCAUGGAAACGUCAUCAAAUGACUCAUGAAGACGUAAAGCCAUAUGUAUGUCGAAUUUGCACAAGUGGCUUCAAUCGUAAAGAACAUUUGAUGCGCCACAUGUUGUCGCAUAGCACUGUUAGACCAUUUCCAUGUGAACGAUGUGGUAAACGUUUUAUACGCAAAGAGCAUUUAGCCAGACAUCUUUUGUGCAUACCAAGUUGUUCUAAUUCGUCUGACAUGCCGAGACCAUUCUGUUGUGAUAUUUGCAAACAGAGGUUUGUGCGUAAGGAACAUCUGUUCAGACAUAGAAAACGAGCCCAUGAACAUGCAUUAAUUUUGGAUAAUCAAUUAGAAGAAAAACCAUUUGUAUGUUGGCAGUGUGGAAAAUGUUUUACCCGCUAUGAACACCUGCGCAAACAUUUGGAUAUUCACAAUGGUAUUAUUCCUUCAUCUUCGACAGAAUUACUUCCUGAAGUGACUCUUUCAGAAAUAAAGCCUGAAGAGACCUCAGUAGAUAUCAAAACUGAAAAUUUAUCUGAUUCCGAAGGUGAACCUGAAGUGCUCCCUCCAGUGAGUGUCCUUGAACUCAACGAACAACAACCCGAACAAGCUAGACCAAAACCAAGUACGCUUUGUACUAUUUGCAAAAAAACCUUCUCUCGCCGUAGUCAUUUGUUACGCCAUCUAAAGCGUAUACACAAAGUAGAACCAGUGUUGACCAGGAGGCGUGUACACAAAUCCGGCGACGAAAACGGAAAUUCUAUAGAAGAUACCAAAUGGGAAUGUCAUACGUGUGGAAAAACAUUUUCCAGACAAGCUCAUCUUGAGAGGCACGAAAAAAACUUGCACAGUGAAGAACGUAUGGUGCCUGCCCCAUAUGAAUGUGUGUCUUGUGGCCAAGCCUUUUUUGAUAGCAAUUUACUCAAUCAGCAUAUGGCAACACAUGGGAAUACUGUGACUGAUAAUUUUGUUUGGAUGUGAUAUGGUUAAAUAUUGGGGUUUUUAAUUUUUUAAUUUUGGGUGUGUAAUCAGCUUACACAAAUGUCAACUAUCAGCUUGGCAGCAUUACAAAUUAUGUGACAUCAUAGAACGUUUUAAAAGUAUAUAGAACUUAACAGAUUAAUAUUGUCUGGCAAUUGAUUGGCAUACUAAAAAAAAGAAUCAGUUAAACUAUCAAUAUUGUUCCCUUAAUAGUUUCAAAUGAUGGCCGUGUUAUGUUGUUUUUAGUUUUAUUCUGUUGGCUGGCUGUCUUGACAUGCUAAUAUUUUUAUUAUUAUUACUAAUUUAUGUAUGUAUACAGAGUGGCCUACCAUGAUUUCCUGUUUUCCUAUGUUAGUUAAAUGAAAUAUUAGGUAACACAUUGGGCCACUGUACAUAUUAUAUAUAAUUUUGACACAAUUUUGUUGAUUUUGUUAUCUACAGUGUAGCUUUUUCGGACCAAAAGUCAAACAAAGGCUGUAAAAUUGUAAAUUAAGUAAAAAUAAAAUUUAUAAAAACGUA